AUGUCCGGCUUUGACGCAGACCGUGUUUUCACUGUCUCUGUGCACGAUGUGCCCGACCCGACGUCUCCUGAUACCCCUUCCCACACUGAGAAGCUUCUCCUAGACUUUCUCCUUCAAUAUCGAGUCGGUGGCGACUUCAUCUACAGAGACAAACUACGCGCAAACCUACUCCUCAAACAGUACCAACUUGAAGUUGAUCUCCGCCACAUUGGUCUUUACAAUGAUGAGAUUGCUCACGCAAUCCAAGAUAGGCCCGCUGAAGUUCUCCCCUUGUUUGAGACUGCAGCAACCAAGGCAGCGCGCACCAUCCUCUUUCCUCUAGCUAAUGGGCAGGGCAGCAGCUCUGACACAGCCGCCCAGUCUAUUCCAAAUGUUCAGGUCCUCGUCAAAUCUGGCCUUAAUUUACAGCAGUUUCGCGACCUUGCUGCUAAUACCAUGAACAAACUUGUUCGAAUUCCUGGGAUCGUUAUCUCGACUUCCGUGCUAUCUGCCCGAGCCACAAAACUCCAUCUACAGUGUCGUGCGUGCCGUACUCCCAGGGUUGUAUAUCCGCCUAGUGGACUUGGUGGCCUGGGUGGAGGAUCUGACCGAGGACUACCUCGGGUUUGCGACGCACCUGAGAUUGAGAACCAGAAGAAGGAUUGUCCGCUAGACCCUUACUUGAUCAUUCACUCGAAGUCGACAUUUUCGGACCACCAAACACUAAAGCUCCAGGAGGCACCAGACAUGGUACCAGUGGGAGAACUUCCACGACACAUGCUAUUGUCGGCGGAUCGAUAUUUGACUGGACAGGUUGUUCCUGGUUCGCGUGUUAUUGCAACAGGGAUUUACUCUACGUUCCAGUCAGCCAAAUCAAAAUCCGGUGGGGCCGCUGCCUUGCGCAAUCCGUACCUUCGGCUCGUUCAUCUAGAAGUCUCCUCACCGUCAGCAUCGGGAGGAAGUGGAUCUAAUCCUUUCGGGCUGCAGUUUUCUCCAGAGGAAGAGGAGGAAUUUGGGGAGAUGGCGCGGAGCGAAGGUUUCUACGACCGGUUCGCAAAAAGCGUAGCUCCCAGUAUCUUCGGUAGUCUGGAUAUCAAGAAAGCUAUAACAUGUCUUCUUUUUGGAGGUUCCAAGAAAGUGCUGCCAGAUGGGAUGCGGCUGCGUGGAGAUAUCAACGUAUUGCUAUUGGGUGAUCCCGGUACAGCAAAAAGUCAGCUGCUUAAAUUCGUCGAGAAGGUUGCGCCUAUAGCUGUGUAUACAUCUGGUAAGGGCUCUAGUGCGGCGGGUCUGACCGCGUCUGUUCAGCGGGAUGCUGUAUCGCGUGAAUUUUACCUUGAGGGUGGAGCGAUGGUGUUGGCGGACACUGGCGUCGUUUGUAUAGACGAAUUUGACAAGAUGCGUGAUGAGGACAGGGUAGCCAUACACGAAGCCAUGGAACAACAGACUAUCUCUAUCGCCAAGGCCGGCAUCACCACUGUGCUUAAUUCGAGAACUAGCGUUCUUGCAGCUGCAAAUCCAGUAUGGGGGCGUUAUGACGAAGGCCGAAGCCCCGGGGAGAAUAUCGACUUCCAAACGACCAUUUUGUCUCGUUUUGAUAUGAUCUUUAUUGUGAAGGACGAACACAACGAGCAGCGCGACCGGAUGAUCGCAAAGCAUGUGAUGAAUAUUCACAUGAACCGCCCGAACCAAAAUGCAGACGAGAAUGGUGAGACGGUAGGCGAGAUCGAUAUCGACAAAAUGAAGCGGUACAUCGCGUAUUGCAAGGCGAAAUGCGCACCACGAUUAUCAGCCGAAUCACAAGAAAUGCUGAGCAGUCACUUCGUAUCCCUGCGUAAACAAGUACAACAAGUAGAGCAAGAUAACGACGAGCGUAGCUCCAUUCCAAUCACGAUCCGACAACUGGAGGCUAUUAUACGGAUCUCAGAGUCACUCGCCAAACUGACGUUAUCGCCCACAGUGCACAAUCACCACGUCGAUGAAGCGAUCCGAAUGUUCAAAUGUUCGACCAUGGAUGCCGUCUCCGCCGGCUCUGCGGACGGUCUUUCGCGUGGGGAGCUGAACGACGAGAUGAACAAGAUUGAGAAGGAGGUCCGCCGCCGUCUUCCCAUAGGAUGGAGUACGAGCUACCAGAGUCUUGUGCGCGAAUUUGUCACGCAACAGGGCUACUCGAGCCACGCAUUGGAGCGGACAUUAUUUGUGCUAGAGAAGCGGGAGAUCAUUAGAUUCUCGGGACAGAACAAGAUCGUGCAUAGAGUCGGUGUUUGA